CGUCGCCUCGCCAAGCGCGCCCGCCGCGGCCUUCUCGACGUCGACCACGCUCUCCCUCUCCUGUCCCGCACGUCCAGCCAUGACGACCGACACCGCCUCUGCCUCCGCGUCUCAGUGGACGUCGCCCGCCUCGCGCCCGGCGCACAUCGAGGAGCUCAUCUCCGGCGUGGACCGGUACAACCCGCAGAACCUCGCCGUGCUCGUCGAGUACCUGCAGCAGCAGCUCGACUCGGGCGCGUACGACUGUCUUGCCAACUUGGCCAUUCUCAAGCUCUUCCAGUUCAACGCCGGCGACUUUGACUAUGGCGUCGCCAUCUCUGUGCUUCUCAAGGCCCUGACUGCCGCGCCGUACCCGGACUUCUCCCUCUGUCUCGCCCUUCUCGGCGAGGCGCCCGUCGCUGUCCUGCCCGCGCCCGCCGAGGUCGAGGAGGGCGCCGACCCGACGCCCGCCGAUGCCACUGCCCCCUCCACCUCGACGCAGCCCUCCGCCGGCCACCUCGCCGAUCCGCUCAUCGUGCGUCUGGCUCAGCUCAGCGCACUGCUGCACGGCGCCCGCUUCCGCGCCUUCUGGUCCACGCUCGCGAGCGCCGAGUUCGAGGAUGUCAGAGAGGCCGUCGCCAAUGUUGCCAGCUUUGACGAUGCAGUGCGCAGCGUGGCGCUGCAGAGCGUCAAGGGUGCGUUCCGCGCGAUCAGCGAGGAGCGGCUGGGCUCGUACCUGAACCUUUCCGGCAAGGAGCUGGCGUCGUACAUCGAGCAACAAGCGGGCUGGAAGCUGGCAGACGGCUCGGUGCAGGUGCCCGCCAACCCGGACAACGAGGUCAAGGCGACUGUGAUCCGCGAGGACCUGCAAUUGGACCAGCUCACCAAGUUCCUGACGCAAGCACAGACGGCUUGAACUCAUCCUCUCCCUCUCCACGCCCGUCUCCCGCUCGCUCUGUCCCGUCGUGCCGCGUGCAAUCCGCACCGGCUCUGUACUACUACCAUUCCCUCUCGGCCUCGGAGCCACAAAACCACACAUGCUGCAUCU